GGCGCCGCCAUUUUGUCUUCGAAGUGAAGUGUGAGGUAAAGGGAGAAGAGGGGAGAGGAGCCGGAAAGGAGGAAGAAGGGGAGGAAGAGAGAGGAGAGUAGCCGAAGAUAGGACGAGGUGACUCUUCUCCCUAGCCGGGUCAUAUCACAAGGCACAGCUCCUCCAGGGAAUACGGAGACCCGGCACAGAGUGAGGGAAGGAAGCCGGUAUACAGUGACAGCCGAGAGAGUGUAGGCCCGGCGGGGGAAGAUGUCCGGACAGUCCAUCACAGACCGGAUCACGGCGGCCCAGCACAGUGUCACCGGAUCGGCCCUGGCCAAGGCUGUGUGUAAGGCGACCACCCAUGAGCUGAUGGGACCCAAGAAGAAGCACCUGGACUAUCUUAUCCAGUGCACAAAUGAAAUGAACGUUAAUAUACCACAGCUUGCUGAUACACUCUUUGAACGGACUGCCAAUGGUAGCUGGGUUGUAGUAUUCAAAGCCCUUAUCACAACGCAUCACCUUAUGAUGUAUGGUAAUGAGCGAUUUAUUCAGUAUCUUGCAUCCAGAAACACAUUGUUUAACCUCAACAAUUUCCUUGAUAAAGGUGCUAUGCAGGGUUAUGACAUGUCAACUUUCAUAAGGCGUUACAGCAGAUAUUUAAAUGAAAAAGCACUUUCUUACAGACUUGUAGCUGUCGACUUUACCAAAAUGAAAAGAGGGAUAGAUGGGGUGAUGAGAACUAUGGCCACAGAAAAACUGUUGAAAACUCUUCCAAUCAUUCAAAACCAACUGGAUGCAUUACUAGAUUUUGAUGCAAAUCCAAAUGAAUUAACGAAUGGUGUCAUAAAUACGGGCUUCAUGCUUCUGUUCAAGGAUUCUAUAAGGUUGUUUGCUGCCUACAAUGAAGGUGUUAUUAAUUUGCUAGAAAAGUACUUCGACAUGAAGAAGAACCAGUGUAAAGAAGCAUUAGAUAUCUAUAAGAAAUUUCUAGCCCGUAUGACCAAACUGUCAGAAUUCCUUAAAGUGGCAGAGCAAGUUGGAAUUGAUCAGGGUGAUAUUCCAGAUCUUACUCAGGCACCCAGCAGUUUGCUGGAGGCACUUGAACAGCACUUAGCAUCCCUUGAAGGUAAAAAGACAAAGGAACUGUCAGCUGCUAGCAGAGCCAGCACAUUAUCCAGUGCAGUAUCUUCUCUAGCUUCCACUGGUUUAUCAUUUUCUAGAAUGGAUGAAAAAGAAAAGCAACUGGCUCUGGAAGAGGAGCAGGCAAGAUUACAAGCACUUAAGGAGCAACGACUGAGAGAAAUUUCUGUGUCAAAUUCUACUUCUACAUCCGCCUCACCUAGCACUUUAUCUGGGAAAAGUGUCAAUACCACAGCUGUUGAUUUGUUCUCAACACCUGCACCGACGACAAACAGCAUGCCCAACCUUAGCAGUGAUCUGUUUGACCUGCAACCAGCAUUCGUGCCGACUGUACAGAGUACACCUGCCAUUGCAACUUCUGUAAAUAGCACAUGGGGAGGGCCCUUUUCAUCCAAUGGUGUUAAUUCACCUCCACACUUGGACGUCUUUGACAUGCAGCCAGUUGAAGAUGUUGUAAAGUCAACGCCUCAGUUUAAUACUUCUACGUUUGCUUCUAAGCCAUCAGUGGGACAUAUAAGUGGUUUCCCAUUGCAUUCUGGCAUACAAAACACAUCUACUGCUAUGAACGUGGAUUUUGAUGCAGUGUUUGGAGCAAAAUCUACUGCCCAGGAAAAUAGAGACACAACAGCUACCUAUUUUACAGAUGAUGUAUUGCAGCCAACUGUUUCUCUACAAAGCCAAAACUCUGUAUCUGCAGGCCAGCAUGGUGGAAUGUUGUUGGCCAGCGAUCUUGAUUCCUCACUUGCUAACCUAGUGGGAAAUCUCGGUUUUGGCGGAACACCAAAAAGAUCUGAUAUGCAGUGGAAUCAGCCUACUGAGAAGAAACUUACUGGUGGGACAAACUGGCAAGCCAGAACAAGCACUUCCACAACAUGGAACACCACCCCUGUAGCUCCUGUGUCACAAGUGAAUGGAGUCCACUAUCCUGGAUAUGCACCUCCACCAAUGACCUAUCCAGUACCAACACCACAAGUGCCUGUGUAUGGAAUGGUUCCUACACAGAUCGGGGCAAAUCCUCUCAUGGUCCCUCAACCAAUUCUUUAUACACAGCCUGGAAUCAGACCAACAAAUCCGUUUGCACCUGUAACUGGAGCUCAGAUGCAAUUCAUGUAAAGCCACCAAAGCAGCAAGGAGAUGCGUAGACAACCAAAAACUGGUUACAAGUGAAUGGCCAGUCUCUCACCAACAUGGUCUUUACCAGGGCACCAAUGUAUUUCUGGUGUAAUAUAAAGUACCCAUUCUUUGAACUGCAGUGCUUCAGAGGAUGCUGAUUAUAACUGUCCCUCUGUCAUGGAAUCUGAUGUGACCUGCUUUGACUGUGCAAAGCUGCUCUAAGACCACAUUCUACUUUCCUUCUAUUAUACUGGUGACAGGCAAAAAUUGGAUAUAAAACAUUUCCUUAUGUGAACAUUGAGGUGCCUUUGUCCAACAACACUCAUGAAAGGGUUUUGUAAAUUAAUUGGAUUUUUUUUUUUCCUGUUCUCUAUUUUUAAAUUUCUCUUCCUGUUUUCCUCUCUGAUCAUAUAACUGUUUGGCUAUUCUGCUAGUCUGCUCAGUUAACUGAACAAUAAGAUUGUCAGGUUUUAUGUGCGCUGGAAUAUUCCCACACAAUCCAUAUUGUGUAACUAGAAAACAGAAUAUGACCUUCAUGAAGUCAACGACAGGAAAGCUUACAAUUUUAUACUGUGGCGAUAACAUGAAAAUGAACUUUGGAAAUACACAAAACCAGUAGAGAAGACAAUGCAAUAAGAUGUCUCAUCGCUUCAGAAGUUUGUAUUUUUUUCCAGUCCAUGAUCACUUCAAAAAAAAAUUCUUCUGUUACUUUCAAGCUAUCUGUUUCUGUUGUGCAACCUGGCUCUAAUAACACUUUGCUUUCCUUUUCUGUGUUUUCUCCCCUUUAAAUCCACCCAUGAGUUCACUGUGUUGGAGGCAUUGCAUAAAAUAGGACGUUUUCUUUUUUUUUUUCUGCCACCACUUAAAAAAAAGUUUGUACUUUGUAAGCAUUCAUUAAGAGCCCUAUAGCUCUUACUAUUUGUGCCACUUUACUUAAAAUACAGUAAGUAAAUUUUUUUAUUGUGUAAAUAUAUAUUAUAUAUACCUGAAAUAAUUUCUUCAAUACUGAUGCAUCCUUAUCUUUAGCUCUUUUUCUUGAAAAAAAAAAGUCCUUUCAAAAAGGAUUUUGAAAAUGUGCUAAUUGUCUUUGAAAAAAUUAGUUAAUGCCAAAUUAAUUACGUAGAUUAAAUGUAUCUAUUUAUUUAAUCACAAUGAAGCAUCAGACUAGGCCCAGAAUGCCACUUGACUUCUUUAUUAUUAUAGCCAUGUGGCAGUGGGUAAAGAGGACAUCAAAGCAAAGGUGAAUCAUGCCACUGGUCGCCAAACAAAAACUGGAUAUACCUUUUGUGAUGAAAAAAACAAGUUUAUCUCCUUUUCAAUUCCAGUGCUCAAAGAAUGAAAUUUACAGUAUGUUACAAUAAAAAUGAUAUGUGAACUUUUA